AUGAAAAAGCAUUUGGCAAAGAUAUGUGGAGAUAUUAAGAAGUAUUCUAAGGUCUUGUAUGAUGUAGAAAAACAAAUGGAAGGUUUAUUGAAAGAGAUUCAGAAAAGUAAAACUAGUAAAAGGAAAGUAAGUUUCUACGAAGACGGUACUGAUGAGUGUGAGGAUGUAAUUAAUGAAGCAAUAGCGCAAGAAGAACAACAAACUCUGAGUCAGUUACCAACUAAGGAGGUUAUUGGAGGCGAUCCAAAAAAGAAAGAAAAAACCAUUACUCCUCCUAUGUUUGCACCACGAACGAUUCCGGGAAGUCAACCAAGUCUAAAAAGUGUGUUUCAAAACAAAGAGGCGCUUCAUGAAGUUGAUAAGCGAGUGGCUAGAUGGCUUUUAGAUUGUAAGAUUCCUUUCAAUGCGAUUAUGUCACCCUUUUUUCAAGAUAUGUUGGAUGGUGUUGCUGGCAUUGGGCCUGGUUAUAAAGGUCCUUCUUAUGAUACAUUGAGGGUUAACUUAUUAGCCGAUCUUAAAAGGGAGUGUCAAAUGGUUGUUGAUAGCUAUAGGUUUGCUUGGAAAGAAACUGGAUGUACUCUCAUGGCUGAUGGUUGGACAGAUCAAAGGCAAAGAACGUUGAUUAAUUUUUUGGUUUAUUGUUCGAAAAGGUUGUGCUUUGUGAAAUCUGUAGAUGCUUCAAGUAUGGUUAAAAAUGCUUCAAGCUUGUGUGACUUGUUUUUAGAGGUGAUUGAAUGGAUUGGACCUGAUAAUAUUGUUCAUGUAGUGACAGAUAAUGCCGCGAAUUAUGUUGCUGUUGGUAGGCUUAUUAAUAAGAAAUUUGAAAAUAUUCACUGGUCACCUUGUGCUGCUCAUUACUUGAAUCUUAUUCUAAAAGAUAUAAGCAGCAUGCCACAUAUUUCUAACCUUGCAACACGUGCUUCGAAGAUUACCGUGUUUGUAUAUAAUCAUACGGUGUUCUUGUCCUGGCUAAUACAAAGAACUGAUUGGAGGGAAAUUGUUCAUCCAGGUGCAACUCAUUUUGCCACUGUCUUCAUCACAUUGAUGAGUAUCUUUGAGCGCAAAUUGGAUUUACAAUCAUUGGUUAUUGAUAAACACUUUACCGGACAGAAAUUAGGAAGGAGUGCUAAUGGUAGAGCUGUGAGUGCAAUUAUCCUAGACAAUAAAUUUUGGGAUGAAUGCUUUAUUGCAUGCCAAAUUGUGAGUCCGUUGAUUAAAUUGCUGAGGUUGGUAGAUGCCGAUGAUAAACCAUCAUUGGGAAUUGUUUAUGAAGGUAUGCUGAGGUCAGAAAAUGGAAUCAAAGAAAUGUUCAAGCAUAGGAAAGCUGCAUAUCAACCUUACACAGAGAUUAUCAACUCAAGAUGGGACAAACAUUUGAAAAAAAAAUCUUCACGCAGCAGCUUAUUUCUUGAAUCCUGGUUGCUUUUUUCUGAAAAUUAUAGAGAAGCACCUAAUGUCAUGCAAGCUUUACUUGAUCUUGUUACAUUGAAUUGCAAGGUUAAUAAUUUAGAUUCAGUUGAGGCAAUGAAAGAAAUACACAUAUAUAGAGAUCAAAAGGAAAGCUUUGAUAGGCCUGAAGCUGUUCGAGCUACAAAAAAACUUCAACCUGUUAAUAAUAUCUAUGAAUGGUGGAGGUUGUUUGGUGGUUCUGCUCCAUGCUUACAAAACAUGGCAGUUCGCAUUCUUAGCCAAGCAACUGCUUCUUCAGGGUGUGAAAGGAAUUGGAGUCUUUUUGAUCAAAUUCAUACAACAAGAAGGAAUAGAUUGGAGCAUGAUAGGCUAAGUGAUAUUGUGUAUGACGGAAAGAAAAAAAAAAGAAAGCAAAAGUUGCAAUAUGAUCCAAUCGAUAUUGAAAGUAUUGAUAUGGUUGAUUUUUGGGUGACAGAAGAGGUUGUUGAAAAAGAGCCUGAUCUUCCAAGUAAUAUUGAAGACUUACUUGAUGAGAUUGAUGCUGAUUUAGAUCAAGGUGGUGGUGGUGGUAGUAGUAGUACAUUUUAUGCUGCACUACUUGUUUUUUCGGGUCCAAGUAGUGGAAAUGAAGUAAGACACGACGGAGUUAGGCUGCGAAGGCAGGAGAUACGUCGUCGAUGUCUUUUGCCGUAUACAUAUGAUUCUGCCACUCACCAUCGUGACCUGUAUGCAGUUUGUGUUGCAGGAAGUAAUCGCAAAAUUUCCCAAUCGCUAAAUCUCACAUUUGCGUCAAUGCAUGCGUUCGGAGGAUUGCGCGACCGUCAUGUCAUUGCCGGAAUAUCACUCGAUCCCCACGAAUAA